UGAGCGGGUGGUUGGAAAACAAGACGUUGUCGUACUGGACGGAUAACGUGAAUUUAUUGUCUAAUGGUUUAGGAAAUUAGUGGAAAGGGUUUUUAAACUAGUUACUGAUCUAGUUUAUAGUCAUUUUGCGCCAAAAUCUUUUAUAAAGACUGAAGAGGGACGCCAUCAUGAGUUCUUUACCGGAGGCCACUCGAUCCCUCAUGCAGGUUUUUUGUGGCAAACUGCAGGAGUUUACCGAUGAAAUUGAUAAUGUCCACAUGGUUUGGCUGGGGGAGAUCGAGCAGGAAGCCUACCGCAUGUUUUCCAGUGACUUCAGCACAGAGCCAGAGCUCAUGCCCAAAACUCCAUCACAGAAGAAGACAAACCGUAGAAAACGAGUGUCGAUGGAACUCAAUGAGUCUCGCAGCAAGAGACGUUUCUCCAAGGGCAAACGUAGCAAUGUCCGUCGCUCCUCUGUCCAGCUGACCCUAAACACAAUCUCCGAGCUGGUUACCCCACAAACCUCCGACAGCUGCUUGGAGGAGCCUGCUCGCCGCACCCGACGCAACAAGGCUACCGCGGCGGCCGAGAGCGAACCUGUCAAACGCAUCACUCGCAACAAAGCUGCCCCCAAAGCCAAGGAGCCCGAAGAGAUUGAAGUGGUAGAGAACGUUCCAGAUGUGAGGGAAGCCGAUGGUUCUUGCCAGGAUCACCUGCUGGUGGCUGAAGCCGUGGUGAAGAUUCCCUCUUCCGAACGUUUGAGUGCAGAGUCAUUGCUAAAUUCUGGUCUGUCUCCAAAUCGAUCUGCCAAUAAAAUCCCCAUUGCAGCCUCUGAGUGCCAGGGCACACCUCUGAGCUCAACCCGGAGAUCAGUCCGUCGGUCGCUUGUGGUACGGCGCUCACUGGUGGGCCUCAGGCAGAGCAUGACACAGGAAGCUCUUCGUAGGGCAUCCCGACGCUCUUUCCUAAAGAAGAAAAUCAGACAGGGAAAUUCAACCUGCAGCAGCUCCGUCAGUGGGGAUAUCUGUAUGGACAUUGAACCUGAGGAUGCAGAAGAGAAUGUAGAACAACAGAUCGAUGAGGAGCAGAAGGGGAACGAAGAAGCCAUUAAAACCAACACUGAGCCAGAAAUUACCCAACCUGAUGAGCCUCAAUCCCAGCCUGCAGAAGAAAAUGAAAUGGAGAUGAACGACAGUCCUGCUGAACAGAUCGAGGAGUCUCCCAGCACCAGUGAACAAUGUCGUCUUACACGAUCUAUGAAAGCCUGCAUAUCAGACACUGAUGGCAGUGGAGAAUCGAAAACCACAGCAGAAAUCCGAGCCACACGCUCUGGUUCUAAACGGCGUGCAGCUGAAGAAGCAGUCCAAAAGAUCAGCACACCCAAAAAGAAGUUCUCUCCUCCAAAGAAGUGUGUCACGAGUAUUGCCCCGCACAUGCGCUCAUUCAUGCACACUGUGCAGAAGAAUCAGAUGCUGAUGAUGACACCUGGAUCUCUGGGCCGCAACGCUGUCAAACAAUCCUUCAUCAAACAGUCUGCCACUAAAGUUGAGGGCAAGUUGGGCUUAGGCUCUGUGGAGCGAGAGCGGCAAAAGUGGGACGCUUUGAACAAGAAGAUAGAACAAGAGGAUGAACGAAAGAAGAAAAUCGAAGACGAGAGAAGAAAGAAACAAGAAGAAAUGAAAAGGAAGCGUGAUGAGCGCUUGAAACGGGUUGUUGAGGCUCGGGUGAAGGGAGAGAAAGAGAAGGAGCAGGAAAUGAAAAAGAAGAUUGAGGAGAAGAUGGCACAACUUGAAAAGAAAAACGACAUGAUGCGUGUGGAGCGGUUGGCAGAUGAAAAAGCCAAGAGAAAGGUGGCCACUAAACGACAGGAAGAACUGGAACUACGGAAGAAACAGGAAGAGGCGGCCAGACAAAAGAAGCUUCUGCAAGUUGAAGAAGAAGAGCGAAGGCUCCAGGAGCUACUGGCCAAACGUAAAGCCGAAGAGGAGCGAGAGAAAGCCCGUAAACAGGCCGAGGCCACACGUGCUCUGGAACUGAAGCGAGAACAGGAACGAGAACUGGAGAGGGAACGACAGGCAGCCGCUGAGAAAGAGAGGCUAGAGAGAGAGAAGGCAAUCGCUCUGCAAAUGGAACUGGAGAGAGCAGCCAGAGAGAAAGAGCGGAGAGAGAUGGAGGAAAAGAGGAAGAUGGAGGAGCAGAGGCGAGCUGAGGAGGAGCGGGAGGCAGAACGGAAACGUGUUGCAGCCACUGCAGCACAGGUCUCGCAAACACAAGCGUCCGCUAUGCUCAACACAACCAUUACAAAGAGUUCAGCUCAUAAUGUUACUGUAGAUCUUGAGAACUCUCUUAUGAAAACUCCAGUUGGGAAAGGAGCUGCUCACCAUAAACCUAUGGAUAUUGGAGCUGGACUCAAUGUUACGGUCGACAUUGAGAAAUCUCCGCAGUCCUACCAGAUCACUCCUAAAGGCCAAAAGGUGGCAGUUUUGGUGAAUCCUGAAGAUUAUGGUAUGGAUCAGAACAGCGACGACUCUACAGAUGAUGAAUCUGCUCCCAGAAAACCCAUUCCAUCCUGGGCCGAGGGUAUGCCGCUACAGCAGACUAUAAUGAAGCAAUAUUAUAACCCUGUGGAUCUUUAUUCUUAUUUUGGGGUACCCGAACCACCCAAGCUGGAAGACAUCUUCCAGCGGACCAAACCUCGCUUCUUCAAGCGCACUAGUUCAGCUGUCUGGCACUCUCCGCCACGCUCGCACAUGGGCAAUAAUUAGGCAGCUCUGUUUGUUUGUCUACUUUAAAUGUCCAGUUUUUAUGUACUUGUCUGUUAUUCUUAACUCUUAUUAUAAUAAAGAUUUUUUUUUUUCAUGUAUAUGCUAGUAGAUAAAUCUACUGAAAAAUAGCCGCAAGCGGCAACUACAAAAGAUGUCAUGGAAAAGUGAAUAAAGGGGUAAAAUUUUA